AUGGCGGCGACUCCGGCGAGCGGCGGCGGCGGCGCGUUUAUCGGCCGAUUGGAGGGUUUGUUUGCUGAGAGUUUGUGUCCUGUGCGGAACACUGGCCUGCUACACUGCGAAAGUUUGUGCUUACUGCUAGGUCGCUUGUUUAUUCCACGGGAGCAGAAGGCUCCACAAUCGCUUGUAUCUGAUAUUCAUGUAGCCCCAAUUGGCACUGUUCUCGCUCAAGGCAUGAACUCAAAGAAGAAGCAUGAAAUUGAAAAUCUAGCUGCGGUGGUUCAUGCAAUUGCAAAGAAGUGCGGAGCGAAUACAGUGGUUGAUGUAGGUUCUGGCCAGGGUUAUCUCGCACAGUCUUUGUCUUUUGAGUACCAACUCCCUGUUGUAGCGAUAGAUGCUUCAUCACACCAUGCAUCAGUUACAAGUGCUCGUGCAGAGAGAAUAAAGAAGCACUAUGCUGCUAAAUGUGUGGAGAAGCAACUGCUCACGGUACCUAGGACUGUCACCUGUCAUGUUCUUUCUAGUGACACAUUGGCAGCAGUCACGUUAGAUGCAUGUAAGGAUGACCAUGGUGAACACUUUUUCUGCCCUCUUGAACAAGUAAAAGCAUCGGUAAGUGUUGGCUGCUGUUACAACUUGCUUUCUGAGGAUUCUAAUGAGGACACAGACACCUGCCCUGGUUUUCCUAUGAGCAAGGCUGCCAAACUGUCUGAACUGGUGCUAGGGAAAAGCAUCCAUGACCUUGCUUGUCAGAGCGCGGAGAGAUGGAGAAAUCUCACCAUGGACAUUGCACUGCAAAAUUUUGAUGUACAUGCCUUCCGAGCUGCAUUUCAAAUGGUACUUGAGAAAUAUUUUCCAGAACUGUCAAGGUUGAGUCCAUCAAUUGGAAGGCAAGGAAAAGCUCUUCGACGUCAGAGGCUUUGGAAAGUUGUGGAAUCACAAAUGAUUACAAAGAAAAUUGAUGAUUUCUCCUGUUCAACUUUAAAGGAACAAAACAAGAACACAAAUGAUGUUGAUUCAGUCAUAUAUGGAGUUGACACAGGGCCAGAUGACAUCCAUCAUACUGCAUGUCAAAAGUUCACCCUGUUCAAAGAUUUCACAUUAUCUGGAUUAGGUCGCCUUGGCUGUGGCUCAGUGGAAGACGCGAGUCUUCUUGAAAUAUGGAAGGACGUGCAACCAUUCUCUGAAUAUAUAGGUCCCUUUUGGUGCCUUCGAGCUGCUUUAGGUCCACUGGUGGAAACAUAUAUUUUACUUGAUCGGUUAUUGUAUCUUCGAGAGCUAAGCAACCUAGUUGAAGCAUUGCUGUUUCUUGGAAGUUAUCUGCAAAUUCUUCAGAAGCAUGACAUGAUAAGUCUUCUGAUACCGGGAUAUGCAGCUGAUGGGAUGGUGUGUUGGCACCAAACUAUCAGCCAGACUAUUGUCUUAUGGCAGAACUUGUUCGUUCAUUAG